UUGAUCCCCUGUUAUUCCCUAAUUCCAACACUCGAAUAGGAAAAUCCUCUUCUUUUUGAGUGUAUUCAAUUCUGACAGCAUGGAUACUCACAGAGGUUCCCCUCUUAGCUGGGCUUAUCUUUGUCAAGGAAGGACGGUGGAAGAGCUUAAGCAUUCUCUUUUGUACACUACUAUGGAGCUAGAAGAAACGAGAAUGGUAGUUCAGGAGGAGCUUAGAAAGAGAGAUGAUCAAUUAGUUGAACUCAAAGGGUUGAUAAGCAAGGCCAUGAAAGAGAGGGAUGAAGCUCACGAGAAAUGCCAAACACUUCUCCUCGACAAACUACUGCUUCACCAACAGAAAGUUGCUGCUGGUGCUGCUCCUCUGUCUGGAGUUUCCAGCAUCGAAGACGAACCCAGGAGAGGGAUCGAGUCCAACAAUGGCUUCUCAUCAUCCGAUUGUGAGGAAAGCAUUGUUUCAUCCCCUCUUGUCGACCAGCCGCAAGCUGCCAUAGAGCUAGUAGUGCCUAAAAAGCCAUUGCCUGAAAAGGGAAAGCUUUUACAGGCAGUGAUGAAAGCUGGUCCACUUUUGCAAACCCUUCUUCUAGCUGGACCAUUGCCUCAAUGGAGACACCCACCACCACCACUUGACUCCUUCGAGAUCCCACCUGUCACCAUCCCUUCACCACCACAACGCCUCCACCAAGACUCCUCCAUCAGCACUAAAGGUUACAACAACUGUGCUAAAGUUGACAGAAAAAAGGAGUCUCUUUGUUGAUGGCUCUGAUUCUCCUACAGAGACCAAGUACCAGAGAUUAGUCCUCCAAUGACUGCUAAAUGCUAAAACAAACAAAAUAAUAAUAUCAUAUAAAGUAUUUUACCAUGCUUAAAACUUAUUGUCAGGGUACGGUUACUGAUCUAGCAUUUCAGUGCGAAGGUUCGCCUUAGAGAAGCAACCAUUCAAUUUCCUAAUCACCCAUUGGAGAGAUUUACAGAGAGAUCUCAUGUGAUUGGCAUUUUGCCCAUGAUUUUCGGUGAAGAUAUUUGUCCUUAUGCACUCCCAUUUUCCCUUCAUAUUUUUGUAUUUGCUCCAUGAUGUGAAAGGGGGGCUUGAUUUUUCUCCAAGACUGCUGUGGAAUGUAAAAAUUACUAGUA